GGUUCUACUCUUAAUAUAGCUAUACUAGAUAUUUUAAAGAGGGAUUUUCAAACUAGAUAUAUAUAUAUAUUAUAUAAUAAAGUUAAAACUUUACAAGGCUUUAUAUUUAAUACCCCUUUCAAUUUGAAUGCUCUAUAUAUAAUAUCUAACUAUAUAUUUAUUAUAAUAGCAACUAAUGAAGUAAGAAGGGUACUAAAGAAGCUCCCAAUCCUAAAUAUAUAUGUAAAUACUAAUAUUCCGGCUACCCAACAUUACCACUUCCGGUCCAAUACUAACUUACAAAUAUUAUUCAGGUAG